CUUGUGUUAUGAUUAAUUGACAUGCCGUCAAAAAUCACAAAGAAAAAAGAGAGAGAAAGAAAAAAACUGCUGAUUAUUAAUUAUAUUUAUUUUGACGAAUGAUGAAACAAAAACAAAAACCUAGAUGACAACAGAAUAACAGAUGACAAUUGAAAGAGAGAGAGAGAGAAGCGAGGUUAGAGCACGUUAUUCAAGUGUUAUUAUUGAUUAUCUUCAUGGAAUUUUUUUUACAAAAGUUAUGUUUACAAAAGUUAUUUUUAUUAUAAACAAAUAUAAAUAGUAAAUAUCUAUAGAGCUUCUAAAAAAGUUAUUUACAGUUAUCUACAAUACAAACUGCAACAGCACACAGAUAAAUGCAUCGAGAAAAAGACAGACUACACUGGGAUGUACUGUGGCUCAGUGCCUAGCUCAACACUUUAUUUUAUGUUAGUACCAGUUAAUACUUUACCAGCAUAUUGGCAUACUUGCUGUCAUUACAACAAAACAAUUUCAAAAUGGCGAUAAAACGGGAUAUCCAAUAAAUAAUUGGGUCAAUUUUUUAUCUAUUACCUUUAAACAGUUAAAACAAGUAAAAUAUUUUGAUACUAAACUAGUGUCAUCCAAGGCUUAAUCUAUUUUUUUUUAUUUUAUAAAUCAAUUUUGUUAGAUAGAAUCAAUAGUGACAGUGCUAAAUACUUGAUAAUUAAAAAAAAAAAUACUGAUAAGAUUGGCGAAGCAUCAAGAUAAAAAAAUUAAAUCACAAUAAUGGAUAGAACAACAUUGAGAAGUGAAGCACGAAGUCGUGGAAGAUUUUAUCCAAUUGGUGAACAAAAAAAUAACAACAAGAUGACAAAUAUGAUGAGAAUAUUUACAUUGUUAUUAAAAAAAAAUUUAACAGUACGUAAAAAAAAAUGGGGACAAACAUAUUUAAUACAAAUUGGUAUAUCAGUUGGUUUAUUUUUAUUGGCUGAAUUAAUUAGAUUGCUAGCUGAUGAAGGAAUCACAGUUAUUAAUCAUGAUACAUAUCAUGAUCCAAAAAAUAGUAUUGAAAUUUUACAAAAUUUUCCAAGAAGAUCAGCCGUUAUUCAUUAUACACCACAAUUUGCAACAACAAAAGAUUUUAUGGAAUCAGUUAGAUUAUGUUUAAAAGUACAAGAAAGCAAUGUAUUUGGUUCACCUGAUGAAGCAACAAUGCUUGCUGAAAUAGCACGUGAUCAAAGUAUUGAAAAAGAAGAUGAAUUGAUAACACCAAUUGGUAUUGUUUUUGAAACAAUUGUUAAUGAUUCAUUACCAACAAUAUUUAAAUAUAAAAUACGUACAUCAUUUGAAUUUAGAAGAGGUUUAUAUGAUCCACUUGAAAAUGGUGAUGAUGCUGAUCUAGUUGAUGAUGAUCCAAUGCUUCCAGUACAAAUAUGUCUUGAUAAAGUGUUUAUUGAAAAAAUGUCAAAAAAUAAAACUGCAUAUGACACGACAAUGUUUAUUCAACAAAUGCCAUAUCCACCAUAUAAUAAAAUUGGUUUGGCUGAUUAUAUUGGAGCACAAGCAUUAGCUGAAUUUGCCAGAUUGAUGUUGGUUAUUGUGACAUGUGUUGAAAUGACAUUUCCAGCUAAUGAAAAAAAUAUUGGAAUUAAUAUUUUGAUGUCUGUUAAUGGAGUUAAAAAUCAAACAAAUUUGUUGAGUUGGCUUGUUACUGGAGCCAUAUGGAGUACAUCUUAUUUAUUGCCAAUUGUAUUAUUGCUUAAAUUUUUUUAUCCACCUCAUGUGGCACCAUUUCUUGAUCAUGGAAAUCCUUUUAUUGUAUGGCUCGCAUUACUUUUACAAACUAUACAAACUUUUUGUUUUGGAUAUCAUUUAUCAUCGUAUUUUUGGAAACCUUCGUAUGGAGUAUUUGCUGUGUUCAUGGCAUCAGGUCUAAUGAAUACUGUUAAAAAUUUUGCAACAGGUUCUGGGAUAAAACAUAUUUUAUUGUAUGCAGGAAUAUUUAGUCCAAAUUUUUUACUUGACAGAAUAUUUAAUGAGAUAAAUGCAUAUGAACGACAACUUACUGGAGUUGGUUUUUUGAAUAUGUUUGUUGUUGGUGCAUCAGACAGUUCACCUGAAGCAUCUAUUGGAGUGAUGCUUAUAUUUUCAAUUAUUGGAGCAAUAUUUCAUUUUUAUAUGGCAAUUUAUAUUCACUCAAUUAGACCAGGUAAAUAUGGUGUCAAACAGCAUCCACUUUUUUGUUUUCAAAGAAGUAAUAAGGUUCAGGAAAAUCAAACUCACUUGGCAUUUGAAGAAUUACAAGUGGAAAAAAAAGAAUUUGAAUCUGUUCCUGAAGGAAGUCUUGAGCCAGGAAUACGAAUAAGAGGUUUAAAAAAAAGUUAUACAACAGAUUGGAUUAAAAAAACAACAGUACAUGCAUUAAAAGGAGUUUCAAUUGAUUUUUACAAGAGUCAAAUAACAGCUUUACUUGGUCACAAUGGAGCUGGUAAAACGACAAUGAUGUCAAUAUUAUCAGGCUUGGUUAGCUCAACAGAAGGAGUAGUUUUUAUUGAUGGCAAAAAUAUACAAGCUGAUCCUGAAACAAUUAGAAAAAACAUUGGCUUGUGUCCACAAGUAAAUAUAGUUUUUCCUGAUUUAAAUGUAUUUGAGCAGCUUGUAUUUUUUGGAACAUUAAAAGCUGAUAAUAAAUCAACAAAACAACUUGAAGAAGAAAUUGAAAUACUAUUGUCAAAGGUCAAUUUGUCUGAUAAGAAAUACGCCUUGCCUGAUCAAUUAUCUGGUGGACAAAAGAGACGUUUGUGUUUGGCCAUGGCAGUUAUUGGUGAUGCAAAUGUUUUGAUUUUGGAUGAGCCAACAUCUGGAAUGGAUGCUGAGAGUAAACGUGAGGUCUGGGAUAUUAUUUUAAAAAUGAGAGGCUACAAAACAAUAUUAAUAAGUACACAUGACAUGGAAGAGGCUGAUAUUCUUGGUGAUAGAAUUGCCAUUAUGCAUUCAGGUCAAUUAAAAAGUUAUGGUACAGCAAUGUUUUUAAAAAAUUUAUAUGGUGAUGGACAAGUUGAAGUUACAUUGUCAGUUGAUCCUGGAUGCAAUGUAGCUAAAAUAAGUGAAGAGAUUGAAAUAAAUGUUAAUGUUUUAUCAGAAGGAGAUGGAAAAAUUGUACUAGCCAUUCCUAAAACAGAAUCACUUCCAGAAGCUUUAGAUAAAUUAGAAAGCUCAAAGAAAAAAUUAGGAAUAACUGGAAUGAGUGUUUCAAUAAUAACACUUGAACAAGUAUUUUUGAAAAUAACAAAAGAAGAAGGUGAUGAAAUGGAUACUAUCAACAAUCCAAUUAGAACAUUUGAAAAAGAAUCAGGUUUUACCUAUUUCAUGCAAACAUUUUGGGGAUAUUUAAUUAAAAAAUUUGCAUAUGCUAGAAAAAAUCCUUGGUCUUUUUGGAUAAGUCUUCUUCUUCCAUGUUGUGCAUCAUUAUUAUUAUUACUGGCUUUUGGAGCAAAAACAAAUAAUGAAAAACCAAUUAAACUAACACUCAAUGCAUAUUCUUCUUCAAAAGCUCUAGUAAAAUCAUCUGGACCAUCACUGUCUGCUAUCUACAGCAAUACAAUUAGAGAUUUUGGAGGAAAAGCUACGAUUAUUGAUUCACAAAAUAGUGUAACAACUUCUCUCUUGAAUUUUGCUAAAGAAAAUAAAGUUGUUUACAGAAAUAAAAUGAUUGUUUCAGCAGAAUUCAAUAGAACAGCUAAUAAUCUACUAGCAAAUGGUUUUUAUUCAGGUACUGCUAUUCGUGGUAUUCCCAUAACAAUCAAUUGUAUUUCCAACACAUUGGUAAAGCACUUAACAGACAAUGAAGCAAUACAAAUUCAUAUUUCUAGUCAACAACUUCCAAAAAAUGACAAUAAAGAAGCUCAAAGUACAGAUGCAUCAACUGUUACUUUGUCAAUGAUUAUAUUUUUAGCUCCAGCUAUUGCUUUUUAUGUGACACAUCCACUUUCUGAAGCAACAAGUGGAAUAAAACAACUUCAAGACAUGACAGGUGCCUCAAAAAUUUCAUACUGGGGAUCAAUGUUUAUAUUUGAUUAUUGUCAGUAUGUUAUUUCUGUACUUUUAUUGUUGGCUUCAUUUUUAUCUAUUGAUAUUUUUUUGGGAACACAAUUUUAUUAUGGAAAAGAAAUGAUGUUGUUUUUUGCACUUUUACUACUUUUUGGACUUGGAUCAUUGCCUCUUGUUUAUGCAAUAAGCUUUUGGAAAUUAACACAAAAUGCAACAAUGAUAAUACUGAGUGUUUCACCAAUGGUGCUUGGAUUCAUUGAUACAAUUCUUGCUGUAUUAAGUUUUACAUUGAAUAGUAAAUACUACGAUCAUGUACGAGAUAUACAAAAACAUAUAUUUCUUCUUAUUCCUGAUUUGAGUUUUCUUUAUGGACAUUAUUCAUUUUUUCAAAUUGUCGUCACAAAUGCAAGAUGUCGUCGAAUGACUGAUAAUAUUAUUCAUGCUCUAUGCUCUGGACCAAUAGCUAUUGAUGAAUGUUGUUCUAUGGAAUGCUCUGGAGGUGUUUGUAAAAAGCCAAAAUCAUAUUUUGAAAGUAAUUUCUUGGGUCCAUCACUUGGUGACAGUAUGUUUUACAUGGUAGUCUCAUCUGUCAUAUUUUUUGCUCUUAUAUUUAUUUUUGAGCAGCAAAUUAUUGAUAAAAUUUUAAUUAAAAUAAGAAGACAAAAUUUACAAACCAGCACAAUUGGAAUGGAUGAGUUGGUACAAAAUGAAAAAGAAAUUGUAGGUCAAGAGGUUCAAAAAAGAGUUGAUAAUACUGUUGAAAACGAUAAUGUAUUUUUGGCUCACGAGUUGAAAAAAAAUUAUGGUAAAUUACAAGUGGUCAAAGGUAUUAGUUUUCGUGUUAAAGAAGGCGAAUGUUUUGGUUUACUUGGUGUUAAUGGUGCUGGUAAGAGUACAACAUUCAAGAUGUUAACUGGAAUUGAAUUACCACAUGAUGGAACAAUGUAUUUAAAAAAUUAUGGAAUACAUAAUAAUCGUGGAAAAUAUCUUGCUGAGAUGGGUUAUUGUCCACAACAAGAUGCAAUCAUUGAUACACUCAAUGCUUGGGAUCAUCUUAAUUUAUUUGCAAGACUUCGUGGUGUACCAACAUCACAAAUUCAUUUCGUCGUUAGAAAUUGGAUAAUUAAAUUAAAUUUAACAGCUUGUGCAUCACAACCAAGUGCAACUUACAGUGGGGGAAAUAGAAGACGAUUAAAUAUUGCAAUGGCAUUGAUUGGUAAUCCAGCACUGGUAUUGAUGGAUGAACCAACGACUGGCGUUGAUCCAGCUGCAAGAAGAUCACUUUGGAAUACACUGAAAGCUUGCCAAGAGUUUGGUCAAUCAAUUAUUUUAACAUCUCACAGUAUGGAAGAGUGUGAAGUUCUUUGCAAUCGUUUGGUGAUCAUGGUAAAAGGACAGAUAGUAUGUGUUGGUGCUGUUCAAGAAUUGAAGCAAAGAUUUGGUGCUGGUUACAAUAUUCAUGUUAAACUAUCAACUGUAUCACGUGAUGAUGACAUUCAAGAAAUUAAAAGACGAAUUGAAUCAGGAAUUAGUUGUCAAAAAAUGGAUGAAAAUUCUGGUUUUCUUGGAUAUCAUGUGACUGAUUCACAAGUAAGCUGGACUUUCAUGUAUGAUUUGAUGAAUACACUAAAAAAUACAUACAGCUGUAUUGAAGACUUUGCAGUACUUUCGUCAACAUUAGAGCAACUUUUUAUUCAAUUUGCGAGAGCACCUGACGAUAUUGGCAAUGGUGAAUUAUCUAGAAACUCAUGGCGUAAUACUUCGUCAGGUUCACCUAAUAUGGAUGCAAUGAUGAAUAUAUUUAAAUUGUUAUUGAAAAAAAAUUUUUUAGUACGUAAAAAGCACUGGGGACAAUGUUUGAUAGUUCAGAUUGUGCUGACACUUUUAAUACUUGCACUUGUUGAAUUAGUUAGACGAGAAUCAAGUGCAACAAGUGUCAAAGUCAUGCCUAAUAAUACGUAUCACAAUGUGGAAAACAUUGGAGGGACUUAUUAUACAUCAACAAGAAUUAGAUUUACACCACAAACAUCAACAACUGAAAAAAUAAUGGAAUCAGUUAAAAAUUGUUUUGGGGAUUCAAGUAUUAUAACUGGUUGUUCAAAUGAAAAAACAAUGCUUGCUGAAUUUGCAGCUGAUGAUGAACGUAAAGAUCAACAAGAUUUUUUGUAUUCAAUGGGUAUUGUCUUUGACAUCAGUGAUGAACCAAUUCCAAAAAUUUUUAAAUACAAAUUACGUCCAUCAUAUUUAUUUAUAUCAGACAAUUUAUAUGAUCCAAUGGAAAAUGGUGGAAGAGGAACAUUUUAUGCAAGCAGUCUAUCAAUUGAUGUACAAGUUUGUCUUGAUAAAGCUUACAUCAAUAUGAUUUCCAAAGAUAAAAAUGAAUACAAUACAACAUUGACUAUUCAACAGAUGCCUUAUCCACCGUACAAUCAAGUCGGUCCUUUAACAAAUUACAUCAAUAAAGCAUUUGGAAUUGUUAUUGCUGUUAUUUUUCUAAUUGUUACAUUGGUUGAAAUAACAUUUCCAGCAAAUGAAAAAAUUAUUGGAAUUAAUAUAUUGAUGUCUGUUAAUGGAGUAAAGGAUUGGAUGAACUUACUGAGUUGGCUUGUUAGUGGAAUUUUAUCAAGUAUUAUUUAUCUGGUAUUGAUUACUUUAAUGCUAGAGUACUCUUGGGAUUCAAGUGUUGAAUCUUUUCUUCAAUACAGUAAUGGUAUUAUUGUGUUUUUUGCAUUGUUAUUGAUGACAAUCCAUACGUUUUGUUUUGGUUACCACUUGUCAUCUUAUUUACAAAAACCUUGGCAUGGAGUAUUUGUGAUAUUAAUUCCUUCAAUUGGAACACUUGUUCUUCAUUAUAAUUCUGAUUCUGUACCAUGGUAUUUUGUAUACUUGGGAAUAAUUAGUCCGAAUUUUUUAGUGGCUGGAUUUUUUCAACAACUCACUGGCUUUGAAACAGAACUUUCUGGACUCAAAUGGUCAAAUAUAUUUCAAGCUAGCUCGUUUGAUACACUUGGAGCUUCAGUUGGUACGAUACUUAUUUUCUCGAUUUUAGGAUCGUUAUUUCAUUUUUUCAUGGCACUUUAUGUCCAUGCAAUUUUACCAGGAAAAUAUGGGGUCAAACAAAACCUAUUAUACUGUUUUCAAAGAAAAAAUAAAAUUGCAAAUAAUAAAGUACAUUUAGCAUUGGAAGAAAAUAAUAAAGGUAAUAAAAAAUUUGAAGUGGUUCCUGAGGGAAGUCUUGAACCAGGUAUUCAAAUAAGAGGUUUAAAAAAAAGUUAUACAACGCAGUGGAACAAGAAAACAGCUGUGCAUGCAUUGAGAGGAGUUUCAAUUGAUUUUUACAAGAGUCAAAUAACAGCUUUGCUUGGUCAUAAUGGAGCUGGUAAAACAACAAUGAUGUCAAUAUUAUCUGGCUUAAUUAGUUCAACAGAGGGAGUAGUUUAUAUUGAUGGUGAAAAUAUACAAGCUGAUCCUGAAAUAAUCAAGAAAAACAUUGGCUUGUGUCCACAAGUAAAUAUAGUUUUUCCUGAUUUAAAUGUAUUUGAGCAGCUUGUAUUUUUUGGAACAUUAAAAGCUGAUAAUAAAUCAAUAAAACAACUUGAAGAAGAAAUUAAAAUACUUUUGUCAAAGGUCAAUUUGUCUGAUAAGAAAUACGCCUUGCCUGAUCAAUUAUCUGGUGGACAAAAAAGACGUUUGUGUUUGGCCAUGGCAGUUAUUGGUGAUGCAAAUGUUUUGAUUUUGGAUGAGCCAACAUCUGGAAUGGAUGCUGAGAGUAAACGUGAAGUCUGGGAUAUUAUUUUAAAAAUGAGAGGCUACAAAACAAUAUUAAUAAGUACACAUGACAUGGAAGAGGCAGAUAUUCUUGGUGAUAGAAUUGCCAUUAUGCAUUCAGGUCAAUUAAAAAGUUAUGGUACAGCAAUGUUUUUAAAAAAUUUAUAUGGUGAUGGACAAGUUGAAGUUACAUUGUCAGUUGAUCCUGGAUGUAAUGUAGCUAAAAUAAGUGAAGAAAUUGAAAUAAAUGUUACUGUUUUAUCAGAAAGAGAUGGAAAAAUUGUACUAGCCAUUCCUAAAACAGCAUCACUUCCAGAAGCUUUAGAUAAAUUAGAAAGCUCAAAGAAAAAAUUAGGAAUAACUGGAAUGAGUGUUUCAAUAAUAACACUUGAACAAGUAUUUUUAAAAACUACAGAAGAUGAGGGUCAUGAUACAGUUGAUACAAGUAAUGAAAGUAUUUCAUCAUUCAGCCCAGUCAAAGGAUUUUCUUAUUUUACUCAUACUUUUUGGGGAUAUUGGAAUAAGAAAUUUACAUUUACAAAAAAAAAUCCUUGGAUAUUUUGGAUCAGUAUUAUUCUUCCUUUAUUGGCAGUAUUAUUUUUUUUACCAUGGUCAGGUGAACCCGAGCUAGACUUGACAUUAAAUGCUUACACUUCUCCAUCUGCUUUUGUUCAAUCAGUCAACCCAUUGUACACAAAAAUGUAUCAAAAGACUUUACAAGAUUUUAAAGGAACAGCAUCAAGUGUUGAUACUGGAAUGAGUGUCACUGGUGCACUUUUGAAUUUUGCAAAAAAAAAUAAAGCUGAUUACAGAAGCAAAUUCAUUGUAUCUGCUGAAAUUACUGAAGCUAAUAAGACCAUCCACGCGAAUGGAUUUUAUUCUGGAAGUGCUAUACGUGGUAUUCCUUCAACAAUAAACUGUAUCUCAAAUACUCUGGCAAAAGUUUUAGGUCAAAAUGAAGACUUGAAAAUUUACAUUUCAACUCAAAAACUUCCUAACCAGUUAAAAUCAAAUUCAAAUCCAGCUGUGGGUAGUUUUGCAGUUAUGGUUGAAGCUGCAUUAUUCACUGCGUUAAUCAGUGUUCUUUUGACACUAUCUGUAACUCUUUAUGUCAUUCAUCCACUGUCUGAAUCAGUAUCUGGAAUUAAACAGCUUCAAGACAUGACUGGUGCAUCAAAAUUAAGCUACUGGGGAUCCAUGAUCUUCUUUGAUAUUGUUCAAUAUAUGAUUCCAAUUGUUGUACUGGUGGUGUCACUGGUGUUUAUUGAUAAAUUAACAGACACAAGGAUUUAUCAUUUUACAGAAGUUUCACUUCUUUUGAUACUAUUGAUGCUGUUUGGUCUUAGUUAUUUAUCUCUUGUUUACACAAUAAGUUUCUUUAAAUUCACACAGAAUGUUACUAUGAUAAUAUUAAUUUUUUUACCAGUAAUUGCCAGCUUUGCCAAUGGAAUUCUUUCAGGUAUAAAUGAAAUUUAUACUAGAAAAUAUGAUGCUAUAUACAACGUUCUAAACAAUAUACUCUUGCUAAUACCACAUAGAAGUUUUUUUGAUGGUUGUUUGUCAUUUUAUACAAUUGCAAUGACAAAUGCACAGUGUCGAAGUUUAUCAGAUGAAGAUCUAACUGCAAAAUGUAUUUUAAACAAACGAUAUGAAUGUUGUAUGAUGGAAUGUGUUGGAGGUUCUUGUAAAAAUCCAAAAUCAUAUUUUGAUAGUAUCUUAAUUUUUUUAACUCUGAAAGAGAGUAUGAUGUUUCUCAUAGGAUCAUGCUUGUUUUUUUUGUUGAUCAUGUUUGUCCUUGAACAGCAAAUUAUAGAAAAAAUUAUAAUCAGAAUAAGAAGGAAAGAGGUACAAACUAGCACACUUAGAACAGAUGAAUUGGUACAAAAAGAAAAAAUAAUUGUAAAAGGAGAGAUCAAGAAAAGAGUUGAUGAUACUGUUGAAAAUGAUAAUGAUAAUGUAUUUUUGGCUCACGAGUUGAAAAAAAAUUAUGGUAAAUUACAAGUGGUCAAAGGUAUCAGUUUUCGUGUUAAGGAAGGCGAAUGUUUUGGUUUACUUGGUGUUAAUGGUGCUGGUAAAAGUACAACAUUUAAGAUGUUAACUGGAACUGAAUUACCACAUGAUGGAACAAUGUAUUUAAAAAAUUAUGGAAUACAUGAUAAUCGUGGAAAAUAUCUUGCUGAGAUGGGUUAUUGUCCACAGCAAGAUGCCAUCAUUGAUACACUCAAUGCUUGGGAUCAUCUUAAUUUAUUUGCAAGACUUCGUGGUGUACCAAAAUCACAAAUUCAGUUUGUCGUUAGAAAUUGGAUAACUAAAUUAAAUUUAACAGCUUGUGCAUCACAACCAAGUGCAACUUACAGUGGGGGAAAUAAAAGACGAUUAAAUAUUGCAAUGGCAUUGAUUGGUAAUCCAGCACUGGUGUUGAUGGAUGAACCAACGACUGGUGUUGAUCCAGCUGCAAGAAGAUCACUUUGGAAUACACUUAAAGCUUGCCAAGAGUUUGGUCAAUCAAUUAUUUUAACAUCUCACAGUAUGGAAGAGUGUGAAGUUCUUUGCAAUCGUUUGGUCAUCAUGGUAAAAGGACAGAUAGUUUGUGUUGGUGCUGUUCAGGAGUUGAAGCAAAGAUUUGGUGCUGGUUACAAUAUUCAUGUUAAACUGUCGACUGUAUCACGUGAUGAUGAUAUUCAAGAAAUUAAAAGAAAAAUUGAGUCAGGAUUUAGUUGUCAAAAAAUGGAUGAAAAUUCUGGUUUUCUUGGGUAUCAUGUGACUGAUUCACAAGUGAGCUGGACUUUCAUGUAUGAUUUGAUGAAUACACUAAAAAAUACAUACAGCUGUAUUGAAGAUUUUGCAGUACUUUCAUCCACAUUAGAGCAACUUUUUAUUCAAUUUGCCAGGGCUCCUGACGAUAUUGGCAAUGGUGAAUUAUCUAGAAACUCAUGGCGUGACCCUUCAUCAGGUUCACCUGUUUAA